CUCAUCUCUCUGAGGCGCAGGAGCAGUAAAGUACUCCAUCUUUAUCCCAAGCCUAGGGAGAACCAGCCGAGACAUUUGAUGGGUAGGCUUUUUAUUUUUAUUUUUAAAGGACCAGAAGCAAAUAUAGAGGGAGUUGAAAUAUACUAUUUCAGCCACAAUGGACUUUCAAGGAAUCAUUUGAUACUCCGAAAGAUGGAAAAAACGUUUUUAUAGGCAAUAAGAUUGGAAUCUCAAAAGCUCCUGUCUUUGCAAAGCAACCCUCUGCUCAGCUAUUCUUUCACUGGCCUGUCUCUGCCUCGUCCCUAAGCUGGAGACGUUUCACAUUGGAAAAUACGCUCAACGUUCCCCAGUUACGAUUUUUUUUUAAACUUCGACUUUCAAUUCGGGAUAUACUUUUUUCGUACAGUGGAAUAUCGUUAAAGGCAUUUUAAUGUUUUGGAGUUUGUGUUAGAUUACACGGGAACCAUGGGAAUCCCUCAAAUAACCUGCUCCAGAAGGAACCCCUAGCAUGUCUUCAUGAGCCACUCCUGGUUCCAUCUGUUGCCCCAGCCUCUCUGAAUCUGAUUCAGUGUCUAUGGCUCUGAAUGACCGAGACAAAUAUGGAAAUCUCGUUGGUGUUCAGUAGUAAAACUAUGAAGGGUCUGAAAGGUUAGGAUUCACAGUGAGCUUGCCUCACAUCACACAGACCCCAGCCCAUACUUCAUCCAACUUUGAGAGUGAAAUUGUAGUACACUACAAAGUCCUCUUUAUUGGAAGACAAAGAUGCCAUGUACUCUGAAGUCUCUGGUUGAUGUGUGAUAUGCUCUAAGGUGUUGUGUACUAAACCAACUAGAACAAUGAAUGGAGGAAAGGACUGUAAGGGAGGGGUCUCAGAGGGGGUGGGGUAUACAGCCCCUGUCCAGGUCCCUAUUGGCUGGCAUCGCAAGGUGGAUCCAACUAAUGGAGUCCUCUACAUCAGUCCCAGUGGCUCGGUGCUGUCCUGUCUAGACCAGGUGAAGAGCUACCUGCUCACAGACGGGACCUGCAAGUGUGGCCUGGAGUGCCCACUCAUCCUCCCAAAGGUGUUUAACUUUGAUCCGGGGGCUGCCGUUAAACAGAGGACGGCAGAGGACGUGAGGGCAGAUGAAGACGUCACCAAGCUGUGUAUCCAUAAGAGAAAGCUGCUGGCUGUGGCCACUCUACACAAAACUAUGGCGCUACCACACCCUGCUCUGACCCUUACCAGUCCUGGUGGAGGUACAAGUUCAACAUCAAUGGCCCCGUCACAUUCCACAAAUCCCCGAGCAAUACGGAAGAAAUCUCACCAGUCACCGCUACCCAACUCUGUGGUUCCCAACUGCAAGAACCCUUUCAAAAUGAUGAUGGCGGCUGCAGCAGGUCACCGGCACUUUCCCCAAGAGCUAGGAGGUCCACCCCAGCAGCUGGAGCUUUACCCUGGUUAUCCCAACAGACAGCAGAGACUGAGCAGUGAGCCUGGGCCCAGGUCUUCGUACUGCUCUGGCUAUGGUAGCAUGCUGAGUCCAGGGGCCGGCUCCCAGCUCUAUGGGCCCAGGGACGGGUCACCACUCUCCCCUAGCCUCAGGUCUGAUCCUCUGGGCAGCCCAGAUGGGUUUAGAAACAACCCCUGUGGCUUCCCUGGAGCCACCAGCUCCAGCCCCAUCCACGGGGUCAACAGAACGCCUCUCUCCCCACCAGGGAUGCUCCUCCACAGUUCUCCGACUGGGACCCAGACGUCCUGCGUUAUGGCAGGAAGGACUAGCACACCCCUCUCCCCUACCGCCACUGCCAAAAGCCCUGUCAUGAUGAAGAAGCCUGUGUGUAACUUCCCCAGAUCCCCCAGUAUGGAUAUUUCCAUACGACCACCGUUUCACCUCAAUACACAGCCCAGCGCCCCACACCCUGGCCCCCCGUCUGCCAUACCUCCCUCCUGUACCCUCCAGAAAAAGCAGAUGACCUCUGAAAAGGACCCGUUAGGCAUCCUAGACCCCAUCCCCAGCAAGCCUAGCAUCAGUAUCAGCCAGACAAACUCCAAAACAAACUCCAACUUCCACCCUAGUGUCCACUCCUCUCAGGUACCAAUGAUGAAUGUAAACAUGAACAACCACCCUCCUCCCGCCAUUGUCCCCUUGCCAAGCAACCUCCCUCUCCCCACUGUCAAACCCGGCCCACUGGGCCACAGCCAUGGAGGUCACAUGCAGAGGACUCAACAUCAGACCUCCAUAACCACCUCCAUGUCCCCCUCUCCAGUCACCUCCCCAGUCCACAUGUCAGGCCCUGUCCUGGGCAGCAGGAUGGAGGCCUCUCCCCAGCGCUCUCGCUCCUCCUCCACUUCCUCGGACCAUGGGAGCUUUGCCAUGCCCUCAGGCCCCAGUCAGGGUCCGUGUGGCGGGAUGAAGGCUCCUCCUCGCUCCCCCCGGCCCGCCAUGCCCAUUAACAUGCCUUCCAGCCCCUCCUCUGCCAAGCCUGACUCACACCAACUCCACCAGUACAAAGACCUACCCAGUCAGCUGCUGGUUGAGAUGAGUAACCAGAACGCUAUCAACACCCAGCACAACAACCCCGGCAUGUACCCCCCUGUCACCUCCUCUGGCCCCUCCAUCGCUGCUCCUCACCAGGCCCAGAACCAGAAGGGACAGAACCACCCAGGACUGUUAGGGAUGCCCCUCAACCAGAUCGUGAACCAGCAGAAUGCUGCUUCCUUCCCCGCCAGCAGCCUACUGUCAGCAGCAGCCAAAGCACAGCUAGCAAAUCAAAACAAACACGGUGACAACAGCAGUGAGACUGGCAGUAGAGGUGGAGGCCCAGGUAGGGUUGAUGGUAAUGGUGGUAGUAGUGGAGUUGGGCAUCCCAGUGGCCCUCUCAGCGGCAUAGAGAGGCCCAGUAGCAGCACUUUAAACCCCAUGCUUCCCCCUAACCCCACCAUGCCCUCCACUGCGGAAGCAGCAGCAGCAGGUGGCCAGAGCGGUCGGGCUGCCCUCCGGGACAAGCUCAUGGCCCAGCAGAGAGACAGAGGAGACCCCCUGCUCCGUAAGCGCAAGCAGCAGCCGCCAGGCCCACCACCGCCCAACAACCCCCUCAACCACCACGACAGCAUGGUCUUCAACAUGCUCAACAAGCCUCCUAACAUGGGUGGAGGUCCAGGUCCCAGGCUACCACUACCAAGCUCAGCAGAACAGCUGAGGAAAGUGGCCCGGCUUGGGGGCCUACAGACCAACACCUCCAUGGCCCAGCUGCUUCAGUCCAUGAGCAACCACAACAACCACCAUAACCAGCACCAAGGCCCUGUAGGCCCCCAAGGACCUGGUCAGAUGCAUUACAGCGAUGUGGCUGGUGUCAUGCCUCCUGGAGCCUCCCAGCAGCAGAGCCUACUGGCCCAACAGAGGAUGCUAGGCCAAGGGGAGGGUCAAGGUAUGUACUGCCGGAGUAUGGACUCUGGAGGCCCUCAUUCUCACAGCCCUCGGUUCCCAGGGUUGAUGAACCAGAUCCAGGCCAAUUCGUUGGUCAACUGUGGCCCUCUGGGGCCCGGUGGACAAGUGGGCCUUGGCCCAGGGAACAUGCCCCUGAGCCACCAUCCUAACACUAACCCACCACCACUGUCCCACCCAAGUCAACAUCCACAUCCGCAGCAUCAGCAGCAGCACAGUCACCUUCACGCUGCGCUGGGAAGGACUAGUAUGUCAGGAAUGACACUCGGCAACAAUGAUGGGAGUUGUGGUCCAAUCAUCUCUGAGCCAGGAGACCCAUCUAACCUCGUAAACUGCAGCAUAACCAGCCUCCAGCCCCACGUCAUCAACAGCUCCAGCAGUGGCGGUGGUACCCAGGUGUUCCAGCAGCGUCAUGCCCAGCAGCAGCAGCUUCAUCAGGGCAUUCAGCGGGCCAUGCAGGGUCUCCCUCCUGGCUACCAGGGCUCACAGCAACCUGGCUUCCCUGAAAACAACAACUCCUCCAACGCCCACCCUAUGGCCUGCCUGUUCCAGAACUUCCAGGGGUGUUUGCCAGACAACAGCAUUUCAGUCCCUCACUCACAGAUGAUCUCUCAGUCUGGUAUGACAUCACUUCCUGAGUCUCAGGGGAUGCUGUCACACACCCAGUUUGGUGUCAGCCAACAGGAGAUGCAACAGACUCAGGGAGAGGGGCUUCCCCCAGGGAUGCACGGCUCUGAUAGGCUACCCAACGGAGGGGUGGAGUCUGUAGACGCCAUCUACAGGGCUGUGGUGGAUGCUGCCAGUAAAGGAAUGCAUGUAGUCAUCACCACCACGGUUAGUGGCACUACCCAGUCCAGCCCGGUACCCACUCUCAGCACCAUGACUGCCUUCACUAACUCCGUAGGGGAGCCGGUCAGCAUCAACCACAACCUCCCUCACAGCCAUGCUGCAGUCAGCCAUAGUGGCCACCGGGUGGCGCACCAGGAGGCGGAGCAGACACCGACCCUGAGCCAACAGCCCAGACCCAGGCAGGUCAGAGCAGGACGGCCCCGGAAGCACUCUGGUCAGGGGAAGAGUAUUGUUAGCAUCCCCGAGGGUCAGGGAGCACUUCCAGAGGCCCCCCACCAGGACUACUUCAGAUCCCCAGGCCAUGGCACCCCCAGGGGGCAGUGGGAAGGCGAGACUGGGUACCCUGGAAGUCUGGACAGAGGUCACACGGCAUGGGGCGGUGAGGAGUUCCUAGAGUGCUCCACUCAUGUCCGCAGCAGCCCCUGUAUGGAGAGACCUGGGAGUCUAGCUCCUGCACCCCCCUGUCCAGCCGACAGCUCCCCCCACGAAGGUCACCACCACUCUCUCCCCGUCCCCUCAGACAAGGCCUUCCUGGAGGAGGGAUUCAACCGCUUCAACAACUGCAACCGGACGGCCGUGAACAUCGUUAACUACAAAGAGAGGUUGGAUCAGACUGUGGAGAGAUGCGCCCAUAUGAACGGAGGUGGCGUCGGACCCCCCCAGGUCCAGUUUUCUCUACGGGGGUACAGUGUGUCUGACCCCCUCGGCCCCCCCAGACAGGGGGACCUAACCGGGGACGACCAGUCUCCCAGCUCCUCCACCAGCCUGGAGGGUCCGUUGGUUAAAGAGUACGUGGGCCACUACAACGGGCACUUCAGCCCAUCUGACACCAAGUCCCUGAGCAGUGAGGAGGACCUGAGGCAGCCGGACAGCCCAUCGUCAGAGAUGCUCCACUAUAGACCCAGGACGUUUAACAUGGGGGAUCUGGUCUGGGGACAGGGCUUUAAAGGGUUCCCAUCCUGGCCUGGUAAACUGUCAGGGGAGGAGGCGGGGCACAACCAUCACCAUGGCAGCCUGCAGCUCAGAGAGGACAGCAAGGUGGAGACGGAGAAGCUGAAAACACUGACACAUGACCUAGAGGCCCUUGACAGAGCGACCAAGAGGAACAGAAAAGCUGGGAAGUUGAAUAAUCAUUUAGAAGCUGCUAUACAUGAGGCCAUGAGUGAGCUGGACAAGAUGUCAGGGACUGUUCAUCAGAUCCCUUCCAGAGACAGACAGGUGAAGCUGCCCAAGCCCAAGAGGAGAAAGAUCUCCAGAUAACAUUGAAUGUGUUUGGUCAGCUAAUGACAGUCCAGUAUCUAGCCAGUGCCCAGCCUUGGAACAACGGUUCAGACCGCCCCGGCGCGACCUUUGAACUCCAACCAGGUGCUACAAUAUGGAUAGUAGUGGUACAUUAUCGUGCCACGACCUCCCUAGCUGACUGACAUUGAAAGUCCUGGAAAAGCCAAACAAAAAUAUUACAGUUUUGAAUUUCAACUGUAAAAAACAACGGUUGUAAUUUGUCUACAGCUCGCUGAAUGACAACUAUUUUUUCUAGAAUAACAUAUAAAAAAAAACCUGAUAAAUAGAAGAAAAAUACUACAUUUUAAAGAAAAAUAGACAGUCCAAAUAUUUCUGAUACAUUUUCAAUAUGUAUAUAGGUAAUACGGAAGAUUUCCUGAAUAUUAAGAAACGUAUGUAAACAUUGUACACUGGUAAUGUACAACAUACUUAAUAAUGCACAUGUGAACUUGUAUUGUACAAAGCAGCAGCAGCAGAAGUGCACCGAUGUCCUGGUUUUUAUUCAACACACACUGUCAUUCUGACUGUAUGCAAGGGACAUGUAAAGACGAGAUCCAGCCGGAAGCUUUUAUAUGGGGAUGUUAUAGACCUGCUGUUUAUUGGCUUGACCAGAAGGGUCUGUGUUCAGAAAGCAUUCGAGGAGUAGGAGUGCUGAUCACGGAUCAGUUUCACUUUUAAUAUUAUAAUGAAUAAGGUGACAUACAGAGGGGGGGCCUGCUACUAGAUCAUCACUGGCAGUAGGAUCAGCCCCCCCCUUGUCCACAUCAUCUUAAGUAGGAUCUAAGAAGGGCGAGACUGAUCCUAGUUCAGCGCCCCCUGUCCACAUCAUCUUAAUUAGGAUCUAAGAAGGGCGAGACUGAUCCUAGUUCAGCGCCCCCCUGUCCACAUCAUCUU